GGUAUGAUCACUUACUUAGUCACAUCCUUGCACUGGCCCAGUGGUACCAGUGAUAACACAAACCUUGCAGCUGUCUCGGGGAUCCUGGGAAUCCAGCAUGGAAGGGAGGAGGGGGCACACUGUAAUCCAGAGCUCUAAAGCCUCAGGUCCUUCCUCCCUGAUCUGUCACAGAUUUCCUUAUGACCUUGAUUCAAGCUCCAUGAACAGUAUACUGGUAAUUUAAUUAUUUUAACUGUUAAAGCUCUGAUUUGUGGCUUACAAACCCAAGCAUUGGAAAUAGGAUGGCAAAAAUAUGGCAACGCAUGUUGCUAUGGAAUGAUACAGCUCAGGAAGAAGGUGGGGACGGAGGGCUGGUGCCAGCACCAUGUCCUGUGCCAGGGCUGAAGUGGGCUGGCAGCUUCCCAUGGGAAGCAGGCAGUUCCGUGGGGCCGGGAUUUACCUGGAGUGGUGUGACAUGGCACAGGGACGUGUGUGGGGGCCCAAAGCAGGACAGCUGUGGUUGCACACUGCAGCCUCCAACCUCAAACCUCAAACAGUCAGAGAGGAGCCAGGGAGCAGCAACGGGGCGAUAAGUUACCUGACUGCUUUUAUAUCCAUUUAAUAACUUCUGCUGAAGGUAAGGCAAGGAGUCAAGCUGGCUCAAACCCUGCAGUAAUACCUCUGACUUUAAAGUAAAUAAAAGCAAACCAAACCCUCCCCAUUGCCCUCCUGGUGCUCUCGAGCAUCAGUGCACAGACCUCUCUCCAGGAGCCCCCCAGGCUUGCAGCAGCACCCCUGUUGCCCCUCUCCCCCACCAUUGCCCAUGUCUGUGCAUACGCUUACAGAUGCUCUCUCACAGACUACAAAAGCAGCAAAUAUAAUAAUGUGAUCCAACUGUUCAGCGCUAGGCUAGAAAGAAGUGUUUUUCUGCCAUUAUGUGAAAAUUUAGCGUGACUGGAACAGGGUCUGCAUUUGAUUAGGCAAUUUAAGAAAUGUAAGAGACUUCAUACUGUAGGGCAGUGCUGCAAAACAAUUGCUCGGAACAUGUUCUAAAAUUGGUUUGCCUUCACCAGAUUUCCAUGUGUUUCUGCACGGCAUCUCAAAUGAAAAUAUGAAGAGUCACGUGGCAAGGGGCUGCAUUUUGAUAUUGUAGUAAAUAAAAGCAGCAGUUUAAACAAUUAUUCUAAAUACUGAAUUGCUUUUGAGAGGAGAAAACACAAAACUCUCCCUUUAUUUGUUUUCCAGCCUAGGAAAGACGUUUCAUAACACGUCCUUUGACUGAUGUUAGUUAAUCUUUAAUGCUUAACAAGAUAAUAGUAAUCGUAACUUUGAGCUCAGGCUUCCUCCGGUUUUCCAUGUCUGCAUUUGUACACAUAAUUGAUUGUGGCCAGGAAAGUGGCAAAGCACAUGCUCUGCAUGUACAAAGAGGGAACCGGGUGGCCAGCUACCAGACUUGUCCAUGCAGAAAAACCAAGACUGGCUAGAAAGUCGCCUGUUCACUGGUCUCUAGAGGCAGUAUUCCUGUGGGCAGGGCUGGCUGGCUACUCCGGCAUACUGAUAAUACCAGUGUGGUGCUUAGGAUGCUCUGAUGUGUUGCUUGCCAGCUAAUAGUCUCCCUCUCCCCUCCCAUUUUCCAGCAGCCAUUUACUUUCUCUUGCAAGUGAGCAGUGCCGCUUUGCCCAGCAGCUUCAGCCAGCAGCCCUAUACCCAGCGAGGUGCAACACUGCAACACGCCACAUGGGGUGCACUGAUGGGAAGAGGAGAUGAUGCUUUCUGGAGCGAGGUUGAUGCCAGCAUUGUCUGGGGCAUGACCUGUUAGCUGGAUAUCUUAGAGGGCCCAGCACUGGACUUGCUCUGGGGGAAAGAAGCUCUGGCAUCACUGUGCUCAUGCACAUCAAGGCUGAGACCUACACUGUGCCCACACCUGUGCAUACUGGCUCCUACCUGUCCCAGCACUGCCUUAUCAGGUGCUGCCUGAUGGUGCUGAAAGGAGUGGGCAGCCUUGCUGUGUAAAUCACAUGGGCCUGUGUGCAGAGUGGGUUCUUGCUUCCCUUACAGCUCUCACCCACAUUUGUAGUGGAUUCUUAGAGGAUGGAAUAGGUGAUACUUUGGUCUAGGUUUAGGGUUUUGUUUGAGGCUGUUUGGGGUGCUUUGGUUGUUUCUAUGUCCAAGCCUGUAUGUAUUAUAAGUAAUAAGAUCUGUGCCAUCUCAGUUUGAGACAUCUCUGGUUUUCAGGAUAAAAACUCACAAUUUGAGAUUUCAGACUCAAAAGCACACAGAAAAUGCCUGACACCCCAUGCCCAGCUGUGGGCUGGCAGCAUACCCUGCAUGCUCAGCCUGAUGAGCUGCAGCCGCCUGCCCUAGUGGGAUGGCAUUGCAUUCUGUGCUUUGGGGUUGGAGCUUAUGUUGCCAGUUCUGCCCACAGACAGGAAUUAACGGGGUCAGUGCUGAGAGUACAGCACAAACCCCAACAUCCCUCUCCUCUGCACCCUUCCUUGAACACUUCUGUGAAUAAACACAGCCUUUGCUCCGGCGGUCUCAGCUGGGCAUAAGCAAGUUUGAAUUGAUAGAACACAAGGCGUGCUGAAGUGGUGAAUCCGGAGCAGGGCGUGAGCUGAAGUGCCUGCGCUUUAUCGCCUGCAGCUCAACACCAGCACACUUUCCAGGGAACGUGUGUUUGCAGGAGUUCUGCACAACAGACAGCAGAUCUGACUGUAGAUAUGAGCUGAAAUCAAAGGUUGUUUGCAGCUGGAGGACUUUUGUAUCGCCCUGGUAAAGGAAGGUAGUUAACAUUCACUCUCAAAAAUUAACUUAAAAUAAACAUAAUUGAAGCAAUCACUUACGGUUUGCUCAGCAUUUUAUUUCCUUUCCUGCUGAAACUAUCUUGCAUUCGAGUAAAUUUUUAAUCGCAAGAGAAUUUAGCCCUCAACGUGCACCUAAUCAGCCACUAAGCAUUUGCAUCAUUAAAAGUCACCCUAUCCAUUUUGCAAGUGUUGUCAGCUUGUUCAGAGAAGAGGGGUGUGCUUUCUGUAAUGUUAAAAGCCUGCAAACAACUGGAGUGUAACCAGCAAUACCAUAAGCCAAUUAAGAUGAAAGCUGUGAUGCUCAGUGGUGGGGUUUCAUCACUAAAUAUUAAACUUUUUUUUGGUACUUAGACAUAGAUCAAGAGGUGUUAAUGCAAAAAUCCUUAAAAGAAGUCGUGUUAUCUUAUAAUAACAGACUUGCUUUUUGCACUUUUGUGCUCAAUUAAUGUCAUAGCUCCAAACAUCCUAAAUUUUUCUUCAGAGCUGCAGAUGUUAAGACUGUUGUUAGGAGGAGUAUGGAUGGUGCAGAGCACAGGUUAUGAGCUGAGCGUGCCUUUAUAGGACAGAAACUUUUUUUUUCCUUAUCUAUUUAUUUAUACAUAACAAUGCUGUAAGUUUUUAGAGGGACUUCAGUAAUAACUUAAUCAUGCUUCUAUUGUUAGAACCACAAAUAUUUUGCUGUGUUAUUUGAUAAUUAGCUGAAGCAAUUUGUCACCAAGCUCCACAAUAUGGAUUUACCACAUCAUAGCAGAUCUCUGGAUUUAAAUGUACAUUAAAUCUCUGUGCCAAGCAGUGCCUGCAGGACGUUACUGAAGUCAGCCUUCAUUAACAGAAACAUGUUUACAAGGAGCACAUCUGAAAAAACAAGUUGCAAUUGCAUCAUUAGAAAAUGUGUGUGUGUAUAUGACCUGAAAUGGGAGAAUGAUCCCUUGCUUCUCACAUACCUGCAUCUAUAUACCCAUAUGGAUUCAUAAGGCUGUUGUUGCAUUUUAUGUAGAGAGUUGUGUGCCAUGUAAACAAAAGAGGAUUUGACACAGUAAGACAUAGAGGGACUAAAAAUAGAGGCGACAAAGAAUUUUUUUCUCCCUUUCUGUGGAGUUCAAGCCAUGCAACCCUGGGCUGUGUUGGUCAUAUAUUUUGGCUCAGAUCAUACAAAAUUGCUGCAUUUUCCUGUUCUAAUGACCAGCACACUUUGCCCUGCGAGGCCCUCGGGUGGCAGCGCUGCGGGUGCCUCAAGCCCUGCCUGGCUGAGGGACGUGACGGCUCCACAGAAGGCCUGCACCGUGUUUGUGUGUUCUGUGCCAAAUGUUUCAUCUUCCAGAAAGAUGGACUCGUUUGGCAAGAGCCUGCCUGCCUUUGCUUACUACUGCUGGUGAAGGCAGAGCACCAGCACUGUACCCGGGAGCCCGUCUGUGCCUCCUCCCACGUGGCAGCAGGUCCUGCCAGCAGUGAGCCACCUGCAGAGCCUCGCUCCCAUAAGCACAAAUCCCUGCCAGCGCUUCUGCGAGCCUGGUGAGGGCCGGAAUCUGAACCAGGCCCUUUGCAGCUUGUGGUUCUCAGCAUGAGCGAUCGGAACAUCAAAAUAUAAGCCCUGAGGCUAUAGUAUUAUUUUAAUGUAACUAGUCCUUGGGAUACGAAAAAGUUUGGGAGGGAGGUGAUAAAAGCUAGUAGGUUCCCAUUCAGAGACUGACAUAACUGUUACUUGGUUACAAGAGGAACUGACUGUGACUUGCUAUCACCUGGCUGGCAGAGCUCUUGGUUGUGGUCAGAAGGCUUCAAGGCGCUGGCAUGAAAAACUUCCUGAGCACCUGUGAGCAGGCAGUAGUGAAGGACUUCUCUUUAACUUCUGCCUUACUAGCAGAGUGGUCUCAUGCUCAAACUUGCAGAGGUUCCAUGUCAGAAAGGCUGGUUCAUGCCCUCAGAGGUGCCAGCAGGGAGCUUCUCAUGCAGGGUAAGGACCACAGGACAGUGGGGAUUUCCUGCUUAGUCAGCACCCACAGCCCUGGGGGACUGAGGGAAGCCACAUCUCCGAACGUGACCGAGCUCACGGAGCAGCUCUGCCUGGUGCUCAGCAUCACUGUUAGCACAUGGCAGCAGGUGCCAAGGAGGUGCUGCAUCUCACCUGGGAGCCUGGUUCCAGCCUGUUGGAAGGGAGGCAGUGCAGUCAUUGAAGCCUCUUUGUGUUAUGUGUCUGUUUUUCAGCUUGUUUUUUAUUGCAGCCCUAUUCUCUUUUGCCUCACCAGCCUCUCCCAGAGUAACUUUCAAGAUAGAUUUUCCAUUCUGACCUAUCUCAAACUUCUGCCUGGAUUUGCCAUACCACACUCCCAUCUGUGCUUAGCAUUUUGCGAAACGUUUAUUGUGUUAAGGAGACUUAUAAUUUUGUUUUGAGCAAAUAGAAGAUAUUGCAUCAGUCUGGGUUGAAGCUAUUUUGUGCAGCUUCUCUCCAGCUGGCUGAGUGCCCUUUCCCUUCCCCCUCCUCCUACGUGGCAGCGCACGCAGAGCUGACUGAUGGAGUGUCACCCGCGCCUUGUCAGAGGCUGCAGAGAUUAAUGGGCAGGGAACAGCGGCCUCUUCCCCUUCAUGUGUGAUUGUUUGAAGGAAGGGCUCAUAUUUUAACAGAAGCGAUACCCUCCUCCUCUGGGUUCCCCCAGUCAGAGUUGAAGAAUGGGACUCGUAUCUGAGAUUGAAGGGUGCCAGGCGUAGGCUAUGUAGGUAUCUGGGCCCACUUCUGGCCGCCUUCUUGCACAGCAGCACUCAGCCUGAAGCUCGUUUCACUCAGGCUGCUCCCUCUGCACCGGCGUGGGCUUGUGCCAGCAGCUAGCAUUGCUACCUCUGCUCCUUUGUAUUUGCAGACGUGACGAGUAGUGGCACAGAGCAGAUGCUGGAUGGUCUCUGAUCAGUUCCUUGCCUUCCUCCCUCCGUGCCCGUGGCCAACUCUCCCGUGCUGCAGGGAGAGCAAUGCUUGCAACCCAGAGCAGCUCAGGUGCUUUGAGCGCUUUGCUUGCUUGUUGGCCGUGGUCACAAAUUCAGCCCUGGUCUGCGCCUCGAUUGCCCAGCUGCAGAACAGGGAUAGCAGCGCGGUACUUUCCAAAAGAUUGCAUUUGCCAUGAAUUAUUUCCUAGCAUUUCUAAAAUUUAUAAGAGAAAUUAAUUGAAGACUGGUUUGGAUCCUGGCUGCGGAAAAACAAUCAGACCCAGAGUAUGAUUGUUUGCUGCAUUUUCUUGAGAGUAGACAUUGCCAGCGUUUCAUAAUCAGCUGUUCUGUCCAAAGAGAUACUUAUUUGUUAUUUGUAGUCCACAGUAGUGACUUCCAUAAUAGGUUUGACUGAAACAGGAAUUAUGUCUUUCACACCAGCAUAUCUGUGCGUACCAGAAGCGUACACCUGGCUGUCAUAAAGCCCUGUUCCAAGGGCUUCUCUGAUUAUCCGCAGAACAGCUGCUCUUCAAGUUCAUUAUCUUUGCAGUGGUUGCGAUCUCAUGUUUGUGUCCAACCAGUUAAAAGGUGCAUUUAAAUGCCUCUUAAAGCGGGUGCCUUUGUGUCUGUGUGUUAGAAAUCAGGGUACUGUUCAUUUUCUGGUGAUAUUUUAAUAAGCAAAACAUUAAGGAAUCCUGUGCUGACCUGGCUGGGUACGGGCUGCUGACCCCAUCCAGUUCUGAACAUAAGUGUUACCACCCCUUCUGUGUUCUCACAGUUCAUAUCUGGUAUAUAUUCAGAGUUUUCGGGGUUUUUUUCUUGAGGAAUCCAUAAAUGUGGGUUUGUUUCUGUUCCUGAUGCAGUCUCUGGGGAAACACAUCCUGUGGUUUUACAUUUACAAAAGUUUGCCUUGUUUUCUAGGGACUAAAAGUUGGGAUUACAGCGUACUGAAUAGUGACCCUAACUGAGGGAACGGUCUCGCUCUUGGUGUACCUGGUGUUUUGGUUGUUUCCUUUCUGGUUUUGUGACAGUGGUAUUUUUAGGUCAUGGCUGUAGUGGCCCAUACACAGCAAACUGCCCUUUUGUUCUCAGCCGCAUUCUGAGUCCAGAACGCAGUGCGUGCUUUUGUAAAGGAAAUUACAUGCAAGUUUCAAAUUUGUUGCCCCAUGGAAUUCUUCCUCACUGAGAUGCUGGGAGGAAAGAAGAAAUAAAGAAACUCUUCCUAACAUAUGCUCGUAGUAGCAGAAGUUGUACAACUUGCAGGCUGUGUGCAUUUUACAGCUGGGAUAAGGUCUCUUUGAGUCACGAUGUGUGGCCAUGAACCUCCUCAUCUUCUACGCUAACUAAAGUUUCAAUGACUGGGAGACCAUCUUGCUCCGUCCCCGUUUGUAUUCAUUCACUCUCUAAGGAAGCGAGGCUUCAGGGAGGACUUUUACUCGGCACCGGAUAGAUGUUCCUGCCCAGCAUGUGCCAGUUAGGUGCCUCCAUGCCUCUCCUCUGCCUGGGCCAGCAGUGGGGCGGAUGUUUGGAGUCUGCUCCAAAAAAGGGACCGUGUAACCAUUACUGAUUUGUUGUUGUGCCUGGGAGCCGCCGUGCUGCAGGACUUUGCUGAAAUGUGCUUUCACAAGAAAGAACUAAUUUGACUAACUUUAUUAAUUCCAGUUUGUUUUAAGUUUGCUCAUUAGUAAUUUAAAGCAAGAUGCUUCAGCUGGAGAGGCCAUGUCAGGACAAGGAGGAGCAGAGGGAAAGUGCCAGGAAUCAUUAGUGUUUAUUAACCACUGUGCUCAUCAAUCUUGAGUGAGAGCACAGCCCAUCCGUUCUGGACGGGUGGACUGGGAUACAGGAAUAUCAUUAACAGGGGGAAAUGCUCCUUUUCAGGUCAGUCCGUGAUGGCCAGGCGUUCAGACAACACCCACAGCCACACGGCCCUCACCAAACAGCACUUGCACUGCCGUUGGUCUCCUCGCAGUCUGACCUGAACUCGGAGAGCUCGGCAGCUCUGUGGAUGGGAGGAGCCUUGCCCCUAGCCAGCUGUAGGAUUAAUUAACAAAUACAGUUUUCUCAACCCAAGUAAACAUUACUAAAAGGUUAAGUGUUGUUAUGAAGGGGUUUUUUAAUUGCUUUUCAAAUUAUUAAAUGAUUAAAACUUAAGUGCUUUGCUGGAUCAGGCCUGGCACUUUGUGCUGGCAAUGGAUACAUCUCACAGCAAUUUUAACACAAAAAUCGAAAGGCUUUUUUAAUUAUUAUUAUUUUUUUUCUGUUUAGAGAAUGCAUUUAAUAACUGAUUCCAGCAACUGCACGGCAUUGGAGUGGUGACUCAAAGCUCUGACCUGUGAAUCGGGGCUGAAUGAAUGCUUCCAAAAGGUAGUUUAACGGUGUCUCCAGGAAGGCAGCGCCCAUCGCUCACCAGCCAUGAGGCUUCCUCUGCUGUGCGCCUCUGUGAUGCUAAUGAGUCUGUCCCAGUGCCGAGCUGUCAGCUUUCCUGAAGAUGAGGACCCUAUUAACAUUGUUGACUACCACUAUUCAAGGCAAUAUCCAGUAUUUAGAGGACGCCCUUCAGGCAAUGAAUCUCAGCACAGACUGGACUUCCAACUGAUGCUGAAAAUUCGAGACACACUUUAUAUCGCUGGCAGGGAUCAAGUUUACACUGUAAACUUAAAUGAAGUUCCAAAAUCAGAAGUUACUCCAAGCAGGAAAUUAACAUGGAGGUCAAGGCAGCAGGACAGAGAGAACUGUGCUAUGAAAGGAAAACAUAAAGAUGAAUGCCAUAACUUCAUUAAAGUCUUUGUUCCAAGAAAUGACGAGAUGGUGUUUGUCUGUGGAACAAAUGCAUUUAAUCCUAUGUGCAGAUACUAUCGGCUGAGUACGUUAGAGUAUGAUGGGGAGGAAAUUAGUGGUUUGGCAAGAUGCCCAUUUGAUGCCAGACAAACCAAUGUCGCCCUCUUUGCUGAUGGAAAAUUGUAUUCAGCAACAGUAGCAGAUUUCCUGGCAAGUGAUGCUGUUAUUUAUCGCAGCAUGGGAGAUGGAUCUGCCCUAAGAACAAUAAAGUAUGAUUCCAAAUGGAUAAAAGAGCCACACUUUCUCCAUGCCAUAGAAUAUGGGAACUACGUGUAUUUCUUCUUUCGAGAAAUUGCUGUAGAGCACAAUAAUUUAGGCAAGGCUGUGUAUUCCCGUGUGGCACGCAUAUGCAAAAAUGACAUGGGGGGUUCCCAGAGAGUACUGGAAAAACAUUGGACAUCCUUUCUGAAAGCUCGGCUCAACUGCUCCGUUCCUGGGGAUUCGUUCUUCUACUUUGAUGUUCUACAGUCUAUCACGGACAUAAUAGAAAUCAAUGGAAUCCCCACGGUUGUCGGUGUAUUCACUACACAGCUUAACAGCAUCCCUGGUUCAGCAGUGUGUGCUUUCAGCAUGGAUGACAUUGAGAAGGUCUUCAAAGGGAGAUUCAAAGAACAAAAAACUCCUGACUCUGUUUGGACAGCUGUACCUGAAGACAAGGUACCAAAGCCAAGACCUGGCUGCUGUGCAAAACAUGGCCUAGCAGAAGCUUACAAAACCUCCAUUGAUUUCCCAGACGAAACAUUGUCCUUCAUCAAAUCUCAUCCUUUGAUGGAUUCAGCUGUUCCCUCAAUCAUUGAGGAGCCUUGGUUUACCAAAACACGCGUCAGAUACAGAUUGACAGCAAUUGCUGUAGAUCACGCUGCUGGACCACACCAGAACUACACAGUCAUAUUUGUUGGCUCCGAAGCAGGAGUAGUACUUAAAAUCUUGGCAAAGACCAGACCUUUCUCUUUGAAUGACAGUGUAUUACUGGAAGAGAUUGAAGCAUAUAAUCAUGCGAAGUGUAAUGCUGAGAGCGAGGAAGACAGAAGAGUCAUUUCCCUUCAGCUGGAUAGAGACCACCAUGCUCUGUUUGUGGCGUUCUCCAGCUGUGUCGUUAGAAUUCCUCUGAGCCGGUGUGAGCGUCACGGGUCAUGUAAAAAGGCAUGUAUUGCUUCUCGGGAUCCAUACUGUGGCUGGUUAGACCACGAGGAGUGUGGGAGAGUGACGCCAGGCAUGCCGUUCUCUUUGUUUGUUUCAUACAACCACAGCACUGGAGGAUAUGUACAAGAUGUAGAAUAUGGCAACACAGCGCAGCUUGGGGACUGCCACGAAAUUUUGCCUACUACAGCUACACCAGAUUACAAAAUAUUUGGCGACCCAACAUCUGACAUGAAGUUCUCCUCAGCUUCCAUUACCACAAUGGCAAGUAUCCCAGUUAUAUCACCUAGAGUGAUUGGUUCCUGGAAACCUAAAGUGACUGGCUCUCGGAAAUUUGUAGUUCAAGAUGACCCAAACACUUCUGAUUAUUCUGAUCCAUUAUCAGGUGUCCCAAAGGGUGUAAGGUGGGAAGUGCAAUCAGGAGAGUCCAACCAAAUGGUACACAUGAAUGUCCUAAUCACUUGUGUCUUUGCUGCUUUUGUCCUGGGAGCCUUUAUUGCGGGAGUGGCUGUGUACUGUUAUCGAGAUGUGUUUGUACGGAAAUCCAGGAAAAUACACAAGGAUGCAGAAUCUGCUCAGUCCUGUACAGACUCCAGUGGGAGCUUUGCUAAACUGAAUGGGCUUUUUGAUAGUCCCGUCAAGGAAUAUCAACAAAACAUCGAUUCGCCCAAACUCUACACCAACCUGUUGACUAGCAGAAAGGAACUGCCACCAAAUGGCGAUAUGAAGUCCAUGAUGAUGGACCACAGAGGCCAGCCUCCGGAAUUAGCUGCACUUCCGACUCCUGAAUCCACACCGGUUCUUCAGCAAAAGACUCUGCAAGCCAUGAAAAGUCAGUCAGACAAAGCACACGGUAACCUCAAUGCUUCGCGAAAGGAAACCCCGCUAAAGAGCCCUCAGUUUUUUCCUUCCAGUCCUCCGCCCCACUCUCCUCUGAGCCAUGGACAUAUACCCAGUGCUAUCGUUCUUCCCAAUGCUACUCAUGAUUACAAUACAUCUUUCUCAAAUUCUAAUGCGCACAAGGCAGACAAAAAGAUGCAACAUAUUGAUCACCCACUUACAAAACCAUCCAGCAAAAGAGACCACAGGAGGUCUGUUGAUUCCAGGAACACCCUGAAUGAUUUUCUGAAACACUUAAAUGAAACUACUAGUAAUCCCAAAGCAAUUAUGGGAGAUAUUCAAGUGGCUCACCAGACUUUAAUGCUGGAUCCAAUGGGAAAUAUGUCUGAGAUCCCACCUAAAGUUCCCAACAGGGAGGCAUCUUUAUACUCUCCACCAUCAACUCUUCCGAGAAACAGCCCCACAAAACGGGUGGACGUUCCCACCACACCUGCAGUACCGAUGACCUCUUUGGAAAGGCAGAGAGGUUAUCACAAAAAUUCUUCACAAAGGCAUUCAAUAUCUGCCCUUCCUAAAAACUUAAACUCACCAAAUGGUGUUUUGUUAUCCAGACAGCCCAGUAUUAAUCGGGGGGGCUAUGUGACUCCCACAGCAGGCACAAAGAUGGACUACAUGCAAGGAACCCCUGUCAGCGUUCACCUCCAGCCUUCCUUGUCCAGGCAAAGCAGUUACACGAGCAACGGCACGCUUCCUCGUACAGGAAUAAAGAGGACACCCUCAUUAAAACCUGAUGUGCCACCAAAACCCUCAUUUGUUCCUCAAACAACAUCAGUCAGACCACUGAACAAAUACAGUUACUAGGAUGUGUCUGUCCUAAAAAUGAGUGUGGCAUUGACCUGUACAGGUUGUGAGAUGAUGUUGUGGUAGACACAUAAGACAGAGACUUGCUUGUAAUUAAAGAGAACAAAGUGGCCAAAGAAACUGUCUUUACUUCAGCAACAUCUGUGUCUUGCCACAGGUAGCUACAGCAAGACUUUGUGUGCUUGCUAAGAGCAAAUGAAAAAAGAAAAACAAAACAAAGGAAAGUGCUGGUCAUUACAUUUCUUUUGUUUGGAGCUAAGGAGACAUGUAGCACAAUGGGGUGGGGGCUACUUUACUGUUCUGAAUAGCUAAAAAAAAAAAAAGUUAUUGGGAAAAGAAAUCUGUAAGCAAAUACUUGAAAAAUGGGUUCCAUUUUAGACUGCCAUUAAGCGUGGUCCUUCCCAUUAAAUGUGAACAUUUUAAUAUGUAUGCAUUCACCUUGCCUCUUGCACAAAUGUCAGAAAAUGGUAAUGUCUCAAUGAAUAUCUGGGUUAAUAAUCAAUUUGCUGGAAUUCAGUCUCUGGCCCAACUGUAGCAUUUAUUUUUAUUUCUUUUUUUUCUCCUCGUGUGUGGCAUUUUGUUUGUGCCACAGAUAAAGCUGUGCGUGUGUGUGGGUGUACAUGUGUACUGUACACACUAGGAUGUACUUAGUUUCCCAUUGCAUCUUUUAUGCUAUGGAAUUGUUUACAUUGAGCAUGACUGAACAAACAGAUGACUCUGCCUUCAGCAGCCCAUUGGGUUCAGUUUGGCGACAGCCAAGGAAGAACUGCGCGUUGCCGCCAGCCUUCUGCAUGACAGCCUCGAUGAAGUAAUCACCCAGCAAGAGAGUGCAGAUACCUUUAAUUCUUCAUAACUCUGUUAUGCUGCUAUUGAUUCAGAGCUGUGCAUUUCAAAUCUAGUCAUUUGGGCUGGAAUGGGGGAGUUCUGCUGUGUUUCCACAGUGCCUCCAUCCAAUACCUGGCCACUGUGAACCUGAGCCCCUGUACUUCUCAUUGAGGGCAGCUAAUCACAAUUCAUUUGGCAAAGGCCUGCGUAACUGGAGAAGGUUACACUUUUGUUGCAUUUAAAGAUGCCCUGUAGUCUGAUAGACUCUUGUCAGAGAAAAAAAAAAAGAAAGAAAGACACAUUAAUUGGCCUGGCAGAAGCAGUCUGUGAAAAAUCAACAGUAGUGCAAUCAAUUUGUUUUUGUUGUGUAAUGUAAGGGGUUUUUUUGUUUUGUUUUGUUUUUUUCCAAAGUCAUGCAGGUAAUGACAAUAUUCUGUAAAUAUUAUGUGUGAGUUUACCUGAAUCUGUGCAUUUUGUGCCUUAUUCAUGCAAAUGAUAAAAGUACUAAAAAAAAAAAAAAAAAAAUCUGUCAAGUGUUCUCACUAUAGCACAUAUCUCCUGAGUGCCAGUUGUAAAACCUCCCAACAGCACCCCCCAGAAAAAGAUAAUAAGCAAGGAUAAUUAAUGAUAACUAAAGGCAGCCUACAAUCCAAGAAGACAGCAGCAUUAAAUCACCUUGCCAUGAUAAACAUUCCACUCCAGCUCUCCGAAGGAUCAAACAGUUAUAAUGUGAAAUCAAAUGAGGUUUCUAGGGUAAUGGAACACCUGCUAAAGUUGUGUAAGCUAUUUAGUAGGUUUUACAGUAUCCACUUACAGCUGAUGUUCAACACAGAUGGCUAUUUUAGCUUGCAAACUACACACUACCACAUUGUUUAUUGAACAUAACUAUAGAAAUAACCGUGGCAGAGGAAUAUUCAUGAAUUAGCGGGACAAAUAACUGCAAUGGGUUUCAGAGACGGUGGAGAUUUAUGUUAUGUGUUGGAAGGGGAGAAAAGGUUAGUCACUGAAAACUGGAUCUCUUUUACAGAACAAAGAAUAAAGGACAGAAGUAGUCAUUUUUUCUUGUAAGGCUGUAAGGGACAUUUAUUUCCUGAGACCUCUGGAUCCAAAAAUCAAUGAUCUCUCUUCCUAAACACUUCUGUCUUGCAACUAAAACACUACAGAUUAAUAACAUAAAAAUGUACUCGGUUGUCAAAAGACAAAAACUGAUCAGAAUUCACUCUACAAAUAUUAAUUAAUAAAGACUUGUGUGAAAUCGAAAGAUAAAUGUAUGUGAACCCUGAUAACCUCCUGUAACAUUGUGCUGCCUUGUAGAUGGUAAUGUGAGUUCUCUCAGUAUUUAUGUUGAAAUUUCUAACAUUCAACCUAGUCUUUAUUCUGUUAAUUUAAUAAUAAAAGAUGCUUUAUCCAUUUGUGCAAAGGUAAACGCAGAUUGUAUCUUUUUUAAUGGUACGGCAUAAAAAAGUAACCCUUAAAUGAAGCUGCUCUAUACUAUAGAGUACUUUAACAUGUAUAGAUAUCUUGUAAACUUGUAUUGUGGAUGUGUAAAUAAUACGUUCUUUGGGUUUUUAACACCGCAUGUAAAGUGAAAAUAAAAUAUUCCAAUGUA